AUGGAUUUCAUUCACAGUAACGGAGUGUUGGUUAUUCAGCACCUACAGAAUAACUACAGGGAUUACCACAGUUUCCUCAAUUUCAUGUCUUCAGUGGGUGACCCGCGCAACAUUUUUUCAGUUUAUUUUCCUCUGUGGUUCCAGUUCAGCCAGAUUGUGGGCACCAAAAUGAUCUGGGUGGCUGUGAUUGGAGACUGGUUCAAUCUCAUAUUCAAAUGGAUUUUAUUUGGUCAUCGCCCUUACUGGUGGGUUCAAGAAACUCACUUUUAUGAGAACAAUUCCCUGCCAAAACUUGAACAGUUCCAUAUAACCUGUGAAACAGGACCGGGCAGCCCGUCUGGUCACGCAAUGGGGUCUGCGUGUGUGUGGUAUGUGAUGGUCACUUCUGCACUGAGCUUCACAAGACCUCAAAGUGAUAAGUCCCCUCACAAAAUGCAAAGAUUUUGGAUUGCCUGGUCUUUUCUCUGGACAGCUUUCUGGGUUGUUCAGAUCAGUGUCUGUAUCUCUAGGGUUUUUAUAGCCACACACUUUCCUCAUCAAGUCAUUCUUGGGGUGUUAGCAGGAAUGCUGGUCGCUGAGGUGUUUGAACACAUCCCCUCAAUCCAAACAGCCAGUUUGAAAGUCUACAUUACAACCAAUUUCUUCCUGUUUUCCUUUGCGGUAGGCUUCUACCUGGUCCUGAAAAUGAUUGACAUCGAUCUCUUGUGGUCAGUUCCAAAAGCAAAAAAGUGGUGCAUCAACCCAGACUGGAUCCACUUGGACACAACCCCUUUUGCGGGGCUAGUGCGAAAUUUGGGGGCUCUGUUUGGGCUUGGCUUGGCCAUAAAUUCACAGAUGUUCCUUCAGAGUUGCAAGGGCAAAAAUGGCUACAAGAUUAGCUUUAAGCUGAUGUGCAUCACAACCGCCCUGACAACUCUGCAGCUGUACGAUUUCAUAAAGAUACCCACACACACAGAGGUUCUGUUUUACGCUCUGUCUUUUUGUAAGAGUGCAGUCAUUCCACUUACUGUUGUUGCUCUCAUUCCUUACUGCAUUCACUUAUUAAUGGGAGACAGCGAGAAGAAAUUGGAUUAAAUAAAUUCAGACACUCCUACAAAAGCCUGUUCGUACUGUAAAAGGAGACUACAUCAAAAUACCACAUUAGGUUUUUUUUUUACAGAUUAACCCACUACCCAUGGCUUUGGAUAUAAAAUGAGCAUUCAUUAAUUCUAAAAAUGCAGGACUAUAUGACAGAGUAAAACAUAUCUUAUCUAAAGGAACGUGUGAAUGACAUCCUCUCACAAAACUGCAUGUCAUGGUAACAGUUUUCUGAGAGUCCUAAUUAUUUAUCUUAUUUAUAAAAUGUUCCAAAUUCUGUAGUUGCAUUUUAAUGGGAUACAUCUUUGCUUUCAAAAUGGAAGAGCCAGUCAGGAUUUUGGCUUCAUCUCAAAUCAGUGGCAGGAUCAUUUCUAAAUUGCUGUAUCUCUGUUUUCCAUUUGAAUUUGAAUUGUUAUUGAAGUAAGUUUUUUAUUUACCCUGUGCAAGUGAUAGGGGAAGAGUUUUAUAUAUACAUGUGUUGUGAUUUUAAAGUUAUAAGUAUUCUGAAAUCCUUUUUAUAACAAUUGAAGCAACAAAAUAUACGGUAUGACAAAUGUAUAACUGCCUGAAAGACUAAGCUGUAAAUAAAAAAUACAUGUACUUAAAAUGUUUUUUGGCCAUUUUAGUUGUAAUUGAAAUGUUCUUCCUUAUAGUGAAGGCAACGAAUUCAGAUUUUGGUCGGUAUGAUUUGCACAUAUUUAUUCUUUACUGGUGCUCAUGAUUGAAAGAGGUCUUUUCAACUUACAAAGAUUAAUACUCAUAAAUGGCUUAUUGUAACUGGGGAGAUGGCUUCUCUUAAGUACUCGUCCUGAUACUACUGCACAGUAACUUGAUAACUGUUUCCCUAACUCUUGACGCUGUAAAUUAUAGAACAAAAAAGGCAAAGUGUGGAAAACAUACUGUACCUUGCACUUCUGGGGAGCUUUUAAAAUGUAACCACUGUAAAGGUACUGUAGAAACAAUAUUGUCUAUACCACCAUUCGUCUGAAACAUUUCUAAUGUACAUGAAACUGCAAUAUAGCAGCGCUGGGAAUUUACAGUGCAUUCUACUUUGGGGUUCUCUAUAAUACAACUGUCAAGCAAAGAUUUUUUGAGUGAAUUUAUGUUGUUGGAACUAUACCUGUCACAAGGCUUAGAUACUAAUGAAAAUCUAGCAUAACUGAUAUACUGUAUAUUCUUUGAAAUGUUAAUCUGUUUAUGGGUCAGGGUAUUGCUAUUAAGCAAAGCACUUUAGAAGCAGGACUUGUCUUUUGAAGCAGUUCAAUAAAAGCUAAAUGCAAGUG